AUGACUCCACCUAUGGAAAGCGAUGAUCACCUGCCGAUGUCAGUUGCAAAGAUUUUCAUCUGUUUGAUCCUGGGUUUUUCCUUUGUCCUUGGAAUCCCUGGGAAUUCUUUGGUCAUCUGGACCAUUUGUGGACAAAUGAAGAAAAGGCCUCCCACCGUUGUGCUCAUCCUACACCUGGCCGUGGCUGAUCUCCUCAUCCUUCUGACCCUGCCAAUCUGGAUCUACUCCUUUGCCAAACACUGGCUCUUUGGGAUCGGUGCCUGCAAAGGCCUGGUGUUUGUGAUUUACUGCAGCUUGUAUGCCAGCGUCUUCUUCAUCAUGUGUCUCAGUCUCGAGAGGUUUCUGGCUGUCGUUCAUCCUUUUGCUCUCCAACGAUGGAAGAAGACAAUGGUCAUCCACCUGGUGGUGGCCACGAUCUGGUUCUUCUCUGUCAUCCUUGGAUCAAUCAUCAUUCCAUUUCAGACCAUCGACGACACUGUGGCAGGCCCUCAGUGUGCCACGCGUGAGUAUGCCACUCCUUCCCAAGAGGUCAUCCAUCUCUUGUCCGAGACCAUUCUGGGUUUCAUGGUUCCCUUCACCAUCAUCUGCACUUGCUACAUCUGUGUGGGCAAAAGAAUUGGGGUCAUGGCUUGCCCAUCGAAGCGACGCUCGGCCAAGUUGAUCGCAUCCGUGGUAGUUAUUUUUUGUCUGUGUUGGUUCCCUCACCACUUCGUUAACCUCUUAACGGUCAUCUCAGUUCUGCUAGAGGACUCAAAUGCAGAGGCCUCGCAAACCCUGGAGAAGGCUUCGGAGACGGGAGCCUGGAUUGCAGGUGCAAUUGUUUUUAUCAGCAGCUGCAUCAACCCGCUGCUCUACGCUUUUGCUGCCAGGAACAUUCGAAGCAGCGCCAGGCUUACAAAGUUGUCCAAACUCUUUGAACAAGUGGGCCCUUCGGAAAGGCAGCAGCAGUCCAACCUGGAAACACCUUCUCUAGAUGAAAAAGAGGAAACUUUUAUAAGUGCCAACACGGGGGAAAGUGAGUGCACUCCUGUCCCCUCAGCCUAAAGCCAAAUACUGUUCCUAAACUUUAGAUACUUGCGCUUGGAUUGUGAUGAGCUUUUAAUCGACCGUCUAAAUCAGCAUCCCCCAACAUUUCUGUGUUUGUGGACCAGCCGGCAGGGGAAGAGAUAAUUUUAUGUGAGGGGCACUGUGAGUAUGAGUCGGGUUGCAA